AUGAUACUCCUCAACGGCAUGCUCACUGAUGCCAACCUCCCCGGAGUGGAGAAGGUUUGCGUGACAAUGGUGCACAGCAGUUGGCUGGAGGUGCCAAUGCACAAGGUGUCCAAGGAGGACAUCGGAUAUGAAGGAGAUCUUGCGGGGCCUGGAUGCACCUUUAUGGUCAAAGGUUGGACCUUCUCUACAAUCCACGCUACGGUGACCACGGCAGACUUGACUCAGCUCAUCAACACCAACAGAGGAAUUUGGAUUCCAUGGAAAGCCGAGCUGACAAACACGGUUCCGCUGCUGCGACUUUUGGUCAACAGGAUUGAAAAGGACUGGGUGGCGCUUCCAGUCAAGCAGCUUUCUCAACAGUUGCUCCAGACGACAUGGCAACAGUGCCAGCUGCAAGUCGAUGCCGACAUGAUGAAGCUCAAAGAUUGGCAGAAGGAGUUCCAUCUCUACGCCCAACAGCAGGUGCAGCAAAGAGGAGUGGGCGCCACGGUGAAUAUCAUAAAGCAGCUCAUCAGCGGAGUGGCCAAGGAACCACAAAAUCUGUUGGUGGUCGACUUGCUGCCUUCGAGGUUCGCAGAAUGGUCUUUGGCGUGCUGGGAGAUUCAGCAAGCCUUUCUGCUGGAUGAGGACUCCAGCCUUAAUGUUCGAUUCUUGGGUGUCUAUCAUGAUGAUAAUGCAAAGGAUCUUUCAACAUCCUGUGAUGCAUUGGCUGGAAAAGCGCUCUCUGGCUUCUGGGACAAGUCUGACAAGGCCGGCCCCAAGUCCCGUGCCUCGAGCCCCUUUCACAGGGAGCUCCCCACCCUGGAGUGCUUGGCAAUCGUGGAAGGGGAAAUCAAGCUCUUUGCACGCGUUAGUCUCUAG